AUGCCCACAAAUCACAAAAGAUUUGAAUUGUCCAUCUUAGGAUGCUCCGGGGGACCCAUCUCAAGCAGAACUUGUGCAUAUUUAUUAAAACCGGCCAACAUCUCUUACAGUGAAAUUAUUCUUUCAGUUGCCGAAGAAAGAGGUGCGAGAAAACCACUUCUCGCGAUUGAUGCUGGAGCAGGUCUCACAGCGAUAUCAGAACUUGUACUAGAGGGGGAUAGCAAAAAUCCGAAGGACAAUUUCAUAAUCUCAAUUUAUGAUGACCAUCAAUCACAGUACGAGGAAUUCAACUUUUAUCAGAACACGGGAAAUCUAGAAGUUAGUCAUCCAUUUGCUUGCGUUGGAUCCAAAUCAAGUGUUUCGCUAGCUCCUCUAGAAGCAUCUUGGAAAAUCAUUAAUUCAAUUACAGCAUAUCUUAUAACACAUCCCCAUUUGGAUCAUCUCUCUGGGCUUGUCAUCAAUUCGCCAUCAUUUAAAGAUUCGAAAGAUGUUUAUGGACUUCCACAAACAAUGAAUACGAUUCGCAGUUCACUAUUUAACGGUCACGUCUGGCCUGAUUUAAUUAGUGAAGGGUUGAUAAACCUUCAUGAGAUAUCUCCAUAUAUUGAUGAGCACUCCAUGUGCGAUUUUUACAACGUUGAAUGCUUUCCUGUAGCGCAUGGAGACAUCCAAAACGGUAGGUUUUUAAGUUCUGCAUUCCUUAUAACCGAUAAAUUAACGCAAGACAGUAUAAUAAUAUUUGGAGAUUUGGAAAGUGAUUACUCUUCGUCUAAAGACUACAACAGGAAGAUAUGGGAAUUAAUAUCACCACUGGUAUUGAAGGAUAAACUUAAUACAAUAAUAAUUGAAUGCUCUACUAUCGACAAGCCACCUCCUUUAUAUGGUCAUAUGACCCCAACAUCUCUUAUAAGAGAGCUUCUUGCUUUACGAAAGUAUUGCUUUGAUAAAAAAUUUCUCCAAAAAACAAUUUCACAUUCAGCCGAAUCUGUUGUAUACAUACAAUCAGAAUUUCAGCCGUUGAAAGCGAUGAAUGUCAUUGUCACUCACGUAAAAGAGGUACCAGCGGCUGUUAAUCCGAGAACACUUAUUUUCAGGCAAUUGAACGAUCUCAACUGCAAAUAUGCUUUGGGAAUCAACUUUACUAUAGCCCUCCCCGGCUUAAGUUAUAUUCUAUAA